AUGAGUUCAAAUGAGGUACCUGGUAAUGAGGAUGGCGAUGAUAAAUCGUCGAUGCCUUCUACUCCGACUACAACCGUUGAAUACAAUCGCACAUUAUCACAAGACUUACGCCAUCUUGAUGAUGCUCUUACGUAUGCCAUUGAUCAAUUGACAGUAUUUAAUCGUGAAGUUAUGUCUGAUCUAUCUCUCAAAUAUGAAUUAAUGCGUACUAAUGAAAGUCGUGUCAUUGGUUUUUUUGCUCGUCAACAAUUAAUGUUAUCACAAUUACCAAAAACCAACAAUCAAAAUGGUGGAUUUCAUAGUGAAUAUUCCAAACUUGAUCGAUUUUUAUCUGUAAUUAAUCUCAAUAAAAAAUCAAUUGAAUAUAUUGCACAACGUAUGACAUUUGAUGAUUUAUUAAAUGGAAAAGCUACUAUACGUGAAAAACUCUUAUACGAUGCUGAUACCACAGAAGCUGAACGAAAAGAUUUUCGUAAUGCACUUAAUGCAUUAAAAGAUUGCAUUGAUUAUUUUUCUCAUGGUGGUACAAAUGAUAAUGGACGCUUUUAUUGGCAUAUUGAAACACCACCUCCAACAACGAUUACACCAUAUUCUGUUCGUCAACAUCGUUUGUCAGAUACUGCUCUAUCAGUACCGCUCAAUACAGAUUCUGUACGAUCACCAUCUGUAUCUUUAUCUCUUUCGACUGAGUUUGGAGCUGUAAAAAUUAAUAACAAUCAAGCAGCAAUAACAUCAUUACCACCUGCAACACGGAAUAAUUUCACUCAUAUACCUCCACCACCUCGUUCCAAUCAUUUAUAUGUUACUGAUAAAGGAAAAUGUGAACAUCCAAGUAAAAAAAGUUCUGUUGAUCCAUCAAUAUUUGCAAAUGUUAAUCCAUCACGUAGUACAGAUCUACAAAUACCUGAUGGUGGUUCAGUAUCUCGUCGAAGUUCUUAUGGUUCUGAUACGGAAAGCCAAUUACCAUCUGAAUUUGAGCACAGUUUUAAAAAUGAAACAGUCAAGCUUUCUCAUCAUUUGGCUACGCGUAAGAUUGCUGUAACUUCAUAUAAAACUUAUUAUCAUUCAAAUUCAAUGCCGCCAUCAUUAAUCAAACAACAAACAAGAUCAGAUUUUAGUGGACAAAUUAUGAGAAGUAGUCUAAAGUUAAAUUUAGAUAAUAAUUUAAAUUAUGAAAAUAAAAUUAUAUCAAAAUCUACAAAAAAACGCUUUUGGGUUAGAUCUUUUUCUAAAGAUGGUACAGCAACACCUAAAUCACCAACAAUACGUUCACCGACAAUGCCCGGUUCACCGAUGGGUUCAGCAUAUAAUAGUGAUACUGAAAACGAUUCAAAAACAUCAAAAUGUGUUCCAAACGCUCCGGCUAAUUGCGGUUUUAGUGAAGGGAAAUUUCGACAAGUUAUUGAUAAUACUGAUAUUCAAAAUGCUUUUGUUAAUUCCAGUCCAUCACCACGAAAAUAUCAUUUUACUCCGUCUGAUAGUGCAAGUCCUACACCAUCGACUCCAAUGUCAGCUCCUGGAUCACCUGCACCACACCCGUUAAUUCCUGGUUAUAAUUUUAGUUCUUCAACCUUAAAUGGCAAUCCAUCGAUAUGUGUUAGUGAAUCGAUUUAUUGCAAAAAUCCUGAAUCUCAAUCCGAUUGUGAUACAAAUUCAACAAUUCAAGCAGAUUCUGGAACAAAUGCGACAGAUUCAACACCGACUACACGUAGUAAACUUCUACAACAAUCAUCACAUAGUGAACCAGUACAUCCUAGUCGGGAGGAUUUUAAAUCAAAACUUUCAAUUUCAUUUGAUGAUGAGGAAGUUGAUCCAGAAAAACGAAGUAUUAAUCUUUCAACGUCAAUACAAGAUUGGGUAAUUGUAUUUAAUAAUAUAAAAAUGAUUGAAGAAGUACGACGAUCAUCUGGCACAUUAAUGAAAGCUCAUUGGCAUGGAGAACUUGCUGUAAGAAUAAUAAAACCUGAUCCUAAAAUGAUUGAAGUUGAAUUUUUAAAUCAAUUUAAAAAUCAAAUAUUUCGAUUAAGAAAAGUUCGGCAUGAACAUUUAAAUUUAUAUACAGGUGUUUGUAUCGAAAGUCCUAAUUUUGCAAUUGCUUCAAAUUGGAUUCGUGGUGCAACUCUAUUUGAAAUGAUUCAUAUACGUAAUGAUUUAAUUCCGCUCAAUUUAGCUGUAAAUUAUGCUGCUCAAAUAGCUCAAGCAAUGAGUUAUUUACAUGAAAAAUCUAUAAAUCAUAUGUCUUUACGUACAUCGAAUAUAUUUGUACAAAAUAAUAGAAUUAUUUUAACUGAUUACGGCUUAGUACCAUUGAGUAAAUGUUAUCGAUAUACAAACCAUCCAGCAAUAAUAGCACCACGUGGAUGGCUUAGUUAUUUAGCACCAGAAAUAAUACGUAAACUUGAUCCACGUCAUGAACAAACAAUUUUACAACAUACACCUCAAACAGAUGUUUAUGCAUUUGGAACCGUUUGGUAUGAACUUUUAUUUCGAGAAUUUCCAUUUGCAAAACAACCACCAGAAUAUAUUAUAUGGAGAGCAGGAAAUUCACUAAAGCAACCAUUGAGUAGUGUUCAUAUUAGUAAAAAUGCUAAAGUAAGUAUUCAUUUAUUUUGA